GGCCUCCUAAGCCAGGGAUUGUGGGUUCGAGUCCCAUCUGGGGUGGUUGCUUUUUCCGUUGCAAAGCUGGUUAGCGCGUGUAUCCUGGCGAUGAAUUAAGUCUUCGAAGAAUCUUAAAAGAAGCUAAAGAAUUGAAACGAAUGAUCGUUCUGGUACAGCGCACAACGUAGCCGUUGCCUUUAAUGCAAGUAACUACAAAGAGAACAUUUAUUAACUGAAACAGAUGAAAGGCAGACAGUCACAGGACUUCACCAGCUGACAUGGAGAAACAAAGCGUCAACCUGUGCGUACUGCUGAGCACCUUGGCUGUAUCGAUGCAAUCCAUGGAUGUGUUGAGGAGAACGAGUGUGAAGAUGCAAACUCACCAGCUCCAAGAGGCCACCGUGCACUGGGAUGCUGCCCAGAAAAGUGUGAUCCUGAAGGAGGGUGUGAUGGAGACCGAGGGGGGAGCCUACGGUUACUUCAAUGACUCUUUGCUCCUCUCUGGAUGGGGGAUCCUGGAGAUCAGUGCAGGUUAUGGUGCAAUAGAACAGGAAGAUGAGACCACCUUCUUCCUGGCUGGUUAUCUGGAGGGUUUCCUCACUGCUGGACAGAUGUUCAGCCAUUACUCCAACAUGUACCCUCAGCUGAUAAAGGACGAGAAGGUUCUGAAUCCCUUGAAAAGCUUUCUGAGCAAACAGGACCAGUGGGCCAGAGAGCAGGUCAAGCUGAGGAGAAACAACGACCCCUUGUGGAAACAUCUGGGAUUGAUCCUGGCCCAGCUGGAUGGACUCCAUGCCGGAGCUGCACAGUGGGCCAAAAACAAACACAGAGAGCCUCUGUCAGCGUUCGCCAUCCAGCUCUUCAAUGGUGUCGGUGACCUCCUGGACCUGGUCCCAGCUCUGACACCUCGCUCCAACUCCUCUGCAGGGGCCGGGGCCUUCAGAAUGCCAGGAAUGGGCCACUGCACUGCUCUCAUAAAGGUGCUGCCAGGCUUUGAGAACCUGCUGCUGGGCCACUCCAGCUGGUAUACUUAUGCAGCCACCAUGCGUAUCUACAAACACUGGGACUUCAGGGUGUCCGACACACACUCUGCCACUGGAACGAUGUCGUUCAGCAGCUAUCCUGGCUUCCUGAUGUCUCUGGACGACUUCUACCUGCUUGGGAGUGGCCUGUUGAUGACUCAGACCUCCAUCGGUGUCUUCAACUCGUCUCUGUUCUCUCAGCUCAGCCCUCACAGCCUGUUGGCCUGGCAGAGAGUCCGUCUGGCCAACAGUCUGGCUCACAGUGGAGAGGAGUGGGCACAAGUUUUUACCAAAUACAACUCAGGUACAUAUAACAGCCAGUACAUGGUGGUGGACCUGAGCAGGAUUUCUCUGCGUCACAGCAUCAAGAAUGGAGCUCUGACUGUUGUCGAGCAGAUCCCAGGAAAAGUGAUCCACUCUGAUCAGACUCAGGCUUUACGCAGAGGUUACUGGCCGUCAUACAACAUCCCAUUUCAUGUUGACAUCUACAACCUGAGUGGGUACAGUGUGAUGUGGAAGAGAUACGGAGAAGACUUUUCCUACGAUCUCUGUCCUCGAGCUAAAAUCCUCCGCAGGGACCAGGCCAAGGUGUCCGACCUCAGCUCCCUCAAACUCCUAAUGAGAUACAACAACUACAAAAGAGAUCCAUACUCCAAGGGCCAUCCAUGUAAGACCAUCUGUUGCCGUAACGACCUGAGACCAAGGAGACCACGGCCAGGAGGCUGUUAUGAUACUAAGGUGACGGACUACCAGAUGGCUCUCCAGCUGGUCGCUGAGGCCAUAAAUGGUCCCACGACACAGGGGGGCCUGCGUCCGUUCUCAUGGCAAUCCUUCAACCUCACGACUCAUCAGGGUCUCCCACACACCUACAGCUUUCCCUUCAUCACCAUGAGGCCCACACUGCAUCAGCCCUGAGAGCACAGAGACGGAGGGUGGUGUCCAUCCAGGGGGAACUGUCCUGUUGUCUGUUCAAAUCAGGAAUCCUAAAACAUGCUGUCAUAACACUGAACAUCAUAUUGGUGCAAAUGCUAUCUCUGAACACUGUGUAAAAUAUUGGCAAUACAUAUAUGAUACACAUGUCUACAGUUGGUAUUAUUAUUGUUGUUGAUUUCAUAGCUGAUUGGUGCAAACUGCUCUGAGGUAGAAGGAAACCAAGUUGAUUGUUUUCCAUUAAACUAUUUACUAAUUGAUUAGUAUAUCAUUCUUAAAAGCAUUUUGGAAUCAAUUUGCUUGUUUGUGCUGAACACCAGUCAUUUGACUCAGUGGGAUGCUCAUUAUGGAACAAGAGUUGUUCUUAUUUCUCAGUAUUCAUAGAGGAGUGGCAGCAUUAUGACUUGUUUCCGAUAUGUAAAAGGUUCUCCAAAGGUUUGGAUUUUAGCCACCAGGGAAAUGCUGCUCAUUUUUGUAUUUAUUCACGACUUUAAAGGUGUUAUUGUUAUUCAGUUCUAUGCAGGCUUUACUCAGGUUUAUGUAGUUUGGAGCUAAAUUACCUGGCUAACUUUGCUUAAAUGAUAACAAUAAAGUUUUCAUAUUUAAACAUUCAGGUACAUUUUGUCUUGUUAAGCUCUGAGAAUAGUCCCUCAAUUACUACAACAUAGAGUUCCUUGGCUUUUUUUGCACAAGAAGAAUAUAGCGCAAUCCGGAAAGGGAGCAACAGUUCCUUUCAAAAUAAAACAUUCAAAUUCA